CUCAUCCAAGAACGGCUCUACACUGAUCCCUGGAAAAUGUUCGUCGCCGUCCUCCUCCUCAACAAAACCACCGGCCGGGCAGCUUUUCCAGUGAUGUGGGAGUUAUUCAAAAGAUGGGAUACACCCGAAAAGAUGGCAAAAGCGAACUUCCACGAGUUACGAGAACUCGUGAAGGAUCUUGGGCUGGGGAAUAAACGGCCGGUGACGUUAAUCCGCUUUUCACAAGAAUGGCUCGCAAGACCACCAUCAGAAGAAACCAUGGCCUACAAAAAAGGUUACAAAAAACAAUAUCCACACGAGACAGCCAUUGCGCACCUGUACGGUAUGGGCCCCUACGCUUUCGAUUGCUGGCGAAUCUUCUGUGAGAAGUCGAGCAGUGAGGCAUGGAGGAGCGUACGUCCGACAGACAAGGAAUUGCGGAAGUAUCUGAGGUGGCGCUGGGCG